GUGCCUGGGAAGCGGUGCGCGUUCCCCGGCGGCGGCAGCAGCGGGAGGCGAGGGGCGCGGAGGAGCCGAGCCCGCCGAGCCGGGCGCUCUAUUUCAGCGGGCGAGGUGAGCAGCUGCGCCUCCGGGCCGACCUGGAGCUGCCUCGGGACGCGUUCACCCUGCAAGUGUGGCUGCGAGCGGAGGGGGGCCAGAGGUCUCCGGCGGUGAUCACAGGGCUGUAUGACAAAUGUUCUUAUACCUCGCGUGACCGAGGAUGGGUCGUGGGCAUUCACACCGUCAGUGAUCAAGGCAACAGAGAUCCACGCUACUUUUUCUCCUUGAAGACAGACCGGGCCAGGAAAGUGACAACCAUUGAUGCCCACCGCAGCUACCUCCCAGGCCAGUGGAUAUAUCUAGCUGCCACCUAUGAUGGGCGGCUGAUGAAGCUCUAUGUGAAUGGUGCCCAGGUGGCGACCUCUGGGGAGCAAGUAGGUGGCAUAUUCAGCCCACUGACCCAGAAGUGUAAAGUGCUCAUGUUGGGUGGCAGUGCUCUGAAUCAUAACUACCGGGGCCACAUUGAACACUUCAGUCUGUGGAAUGUGGCCAGGACACAGAGGGAGAUACUGUCCGACAUGGAAACCCGUGGCCUCCACAACCCUCUACCUCAGCUCCUCCUCCAGGAGAACUGGGACAAUGUGAAGCGCACUUGGUCCCCCAUGAAGGAUGGCAAGAUCCCCCAGGUAGAACUCAGCAAUGCCCACGGCUUCCUACUGGACACGAAUUUGGAGCCUCCUCUCUGUGGGCAGACGCUGUGUGACAACAGAGAGGUCAUCACCAGCUACAACCAGCUUCCAAGUUUCCGCCGGCUCAAGGUGGUACGCUAUCGUGUGGUCAACAUCUAUGAUGAUAACCAUGAAAACCCAACAGUGAGUCGUCAGCAGAUUGACUUUCAGCACCAGCAGCUGGAUGAGGCCUUCAAGCAUUACAACAUCUCCUGGGAGCUGGAGGUGCUGGAGGUGAGUAACUCCUCACUGAGACACCGCCUCAUUUUGGCCAACUGUGACAUCAGCAAGAUUGGGGAUGAGAACUGUGACCCCGAGUGCAACCAUACACUGACAGGCCAUGAUGGUGGGGACUGCCGGCACCUCCGCUACUCCUCCUUCACCAAGAAGCAGCAGAAUGGUGCGUGUGACAUGGAUUGCAACUAUGAACGGUUUAACUUCGAUGGUGGAGAGUGUUGUGACCCAGAUAUCACAGAUGUCACUAAGACAUGCUUUGAUCCUGACUCUCCACACAGAGCCUACUUGGAUGUUAAUGAGCUAAAGAACAUUCUUAGAUUGGAUGGAUCAACACACCUCAAUAUUUUCUUUGCAAACUCUUCAGAGGAGGGGUUGGCAGGAGUGGCAACUUGGCCAUGGGACAAGGAGGCCUUAAUGCACUUGGGCGGCAUUGUCUUGAAUCCAUCUUUCUAUGGCAUUCCCGGACAUACCCACACCAUGAUCCAUGAGAUUGGGCACAGCCUGGGCCUCUAUCACAUCUUCCGUGGCAUCUCAGAAAUCCAGUCCUGCAGUGACCCAUGCAUGGAGACAGAGCCCUCCUUUGAAACUGGAGACCUCUGCAAUGACACCAACCCAGCCCCUAAACACAAGUUUUGCGGCGACCCAGGACCAGGGAAUGACACUUGUGGCUUUCGUAGCUUCUUCAACACUCCUUACAACAACUUCAUGAGUUAUGCAGAUGACGACUGUACGGACUCCUUCACGCCCAAUCAAGUCUCCAGAAUGCACUGUUACCUGGACCUGGUGUACCAGAGCUGGCAGCCCUCCAGAAAGCCAGCGCCUGUCGCUCUUGCCCCUGAGGUUGUGGGCCACACCGUGGACUCUGUGAUACUGGAGUGGUUUCCACCCAUCGAUGGCCACUUCUUUGAAAGAGAAUUGGGAUCAGCAUGUGACCUUUGCCUUGAAGGGAGAAUCCUGGUGCAGUAUGCGUUCAAUGCCUCCUCCCCAAUGCCCUGUGGCCCAUCAGGACACUGGAGCCCUCGGGAAGCAGAAGGUCACCCAGAUGUUGAACAACCCUGUAAGUCCAGUGUCCGAACCUGGAGUCCAAAUUCAGCUGUCAACCCACACACGGUCCCUCCAGCCUGUCCUGAGCCGCAAGGCUGCUACCUCGAGCUGGAAUUCCAAUAUCCCCUGGUCCCAGAGUCUCUGACCAUCUGGGUGACCUUUGUCUCUACUGACUGGGACUCUAGCGGAGCUGUCAAUGAUAUCAAACUAUUGACUAUCAGUGGAAAGAACAUCUCUCUGGGACCUCAGAAUGUCUUCUGUGAUGUUCCACUGACCAUCAGACUCCGGGAUGUGGGUGAAGAGGUUCAUGGCAUCCAGAUCUAUACUCUAGAUGAACACCUGGAGAUUGAUGCAGCCAUGCUGACCUCCGUUGCAGAUAGCCCACUCUGCCUGGAGUGUAAACCCUUACAGUAUAAAGUGGUCCGAGAUCCUCCUCUCCAGGAAGAUGUGGCCUCACUAGUGCACCUCAACAGAAGGUUUAUGGACAUGGAUCUGAAGCUCGGUAGUGUGUACCAGUACAGGAUUAUCACCAUUUCAGGAACGGAAGAGAGUGAGCCAUCGCCUGCUGCCAUAUACACCCAUGGAAGUGGGUACUGUGGUGAUGGCAUUAUCCAGAAAGGCCAAGGAGAAGAAUGUGACGACAUGAACAAGAUCAAUGGCGACGGCUGCUCUCUUUUCUGCCAACAAGAAGUUUCCUUCAACUGCGUUGACGAACCCAGCCGGUGCUAUUUCCAUGAUGGGGAUGGGAUGUGUGAAGAGUUUGAACAAAAAACUAGCAUUAAAGACUGUGGUGUCUACACGCCCCAGGGUUUCCUGGAUCAAUGGGCGUCCAAUGCUUCAGUAUCCCAUCAAGACCAGCGGUGCCCAGGUUGGGUUGUCAUUGGACAGCCAGCAGCAUCCCAGGUGUGUCGAACCAAGGUGAUAGAUCUCAGUGAAGGCAUUUCUCAGCAUGCUUGGUACCCGUGUACCACCAACUAUCCCUACUCUCAGAUGGCUCAGACCACUUUCUGGCUGCAGACACACUUCUCUCAUCCAAUGGUUGCUGCGGCUGUUAUUGUGCAUCUGGUGACCGAUGGGACAUACUAUGGGGACCAAAAGCAGGAGACCAUUAGUGUGCAGCUGUUUGAUACCAGAGACCAAAGCCAUGACCUAGGCCUCCAUGUCCUGAGCUGCAGGAACAAUCCCCUGAUUAUCCCUGUGGUCCAUGACCUCAGCCAGCCCUUCUACCACAGUCAGGCGGUUCGUGUGAGCUUCAGUUCGCCCCUGGUCGCCAUCUCGGGGGUGGCCCUCCGCUCCUUCGACAACUUUGACCCUGUCACCCUGAGCAGCUGCCAGAGAGGAGAGACCUACAGCCCUGCUGAGCAGAGCUGUGUGCACUUUGCCUGUCAAGCCACUGAUUGUCCAGAACUGACCGUGGAGAAUGCGUCUCUCAACUGCUCCAGCAGCGAUCGCUACCACGGUGCCCAGUGCACUGUGAGCUGCGAGACAGGUUAUGUGCUGCAGAUACAGCGAGAUGACGAGCUAAUCAAGAGCCAGGUUGGACCAAGCAUCACAGUGACCUGUACAGAGGGAAAAUGGAACAAGCAGGUGGCGUGUGAACCAGUAGACUGUGGUGUUCCGGAUCACCAUCACGUCUAUGCUGCCUCCUUCUCCUGCCCAGAGGGUACUACCUUUGGCAAAAGAUGCUCCUUCCAGUGCCGCCAUCCUGCCCAGCUGAAAGGCAAUAACAGUUUCCUGACCUGUAUGGAAGAUGGGCUGUGGUCCUUCCCAGAGGCUCUGUGUGAGCUCAUGUGCCUCACUCCACCCCCAGUACCCAACGCAGACCUGCAGACUGCCCGGUGCCGAGAGAACAUGCACAAAGUGGGCUCCUUCUGCAAGUACAAGUGCAAGCCUGGGUACCAUGUGCCUGGCUUCUCUCGGAAGUCCAAGAAACGGGCCUUCAAGAUUCAGUGUACCCAAGAUGGCAGCUGGCAGGAGGGAACUUGUGUACCUGUGACGUGUGACCCACCUCCACCUAAAUUUCACGGGCUCUACCAAUGCACUAAUGGCUUCCAGUUCAACAGCGAGUGUAGGAUCAAGUGUGAAGACAGUGAUACUACCCAGGGACGUGGAAGCAACAUCAUCCACUGCCGGAAAGAUGGCACCUGGAGUGGCUCCUUCCAUGUUUGCCGGGAGAUGCAAGGCCAGUGCUCAGCCCCAAACCAGCUCAACAGUAACCUCAAACUGCAGUGUCCUGAUGGCUAUGCCAUAGGGUCAGAGUGUGCCACCUCGUGCCUGGACCACAACAGCGAGUCCAUCAUCCUACCAGUGAACAUAACAGUGCGUGACAUUCCCUAUUGGAUGAAUCCCACGCGAGUAGAGAGAAUUGUCUGCACUGCUGGUCUCCAGUGGUAUCCUCACCCUGCUCUGAUCCACUGUGUCAAAGGCUGUGAGCCAUUCAUGGGAGACAAUUACUGUGAUGCCAUCAACAACCGAGCCUUCUGCAACUACGACGGUGGGGACUGUUGCACAUCCACGGUGAAGACCAAAAAGGUCACUCCCUUUCCUAUGUCUUGUGACCUACAAGAUGACUGUGCUUGUCGGGACCCUGAGGCCCAAGAACACAGCCGGAAAGACCUUCGGGGAUAUAGCCAUGGCUAAAGAAGGACAAGGAGUUGUGAAAAGAUUUCCCAACGCCAGGACCCGCAUCCUUCUGGUAUUGAUUUCACAGUCUGCUGCUCAAUGAAAUGGCCUCUCCACACCAGGGAUCCUUAGCACCCAACCGGUCUGCCUUUAAUUUCACCAAGGAAGGACUCACUGUGGGGCAAAUGAACCAAGUCUCACCAUGUUGAAUGAUGGAAUGAAAUACUAUCCCACAGUCUGAGAUGGAUUGCAUAUAUGCAGUCCCAGAGCCUCUGAAAAUCCUAACCAUUUGUCACAUGAUCACAGCAAAAAAAAAAAAAAAAAAGUUCUGUAUCUAGGAGUAUGCACAUCUGUGGUUAGUGCACAUGCAUGCAUAAAUACCCACACAAACAUCUGCGUGAGGGCAGCUUGGAGAUUAAGCAGAGAACGAAUGGAGCAAGGUCAGUCUUUCCUUUCCCAAGCUCCUAGCCAAGCUGUCCUUGGGAGAAAGAGUUACAGACACUGAGACCAAGUGUUGAGAUGCCAAUAUAGCUCACACUCUGGGGCUCAGAAUACACAGGGCAUGCGCAAUUGUGCAGUCUUUUUGGGAUUGGAAGUGAAAACAGUCUGUGACUACCAACUUUCUAGGGAACUAGGGCCUAGGAAGAGGUAGCUAUUCCAAGGUGUGAAAAGCCCCUAAUUCUUCUGCUGCCAUGGGGAUUUUGCCCCAACACCCGGGUGCAAGGCCUAGCUGGAAAUGGCUAAGGACUACCAAGUCAAGGUAUUAUACCGGCUCCCUGCUUGAGGUGUGAGGUCAUCAUAUUCCUUCUGGCUCCCACCCAUCCCCCAGAUCUUACCUUGGGACCACAUUUGCUGCUACUUUUCCUGCUGCUUUUCUUACAUGUUGAGUGCCCCAAGAUGGUAAAACUAGGUUAGAACAAACUCCAUACAACCAAGUAGUCUGCCUUAAAAGUGAUUCUCUUUUUUUUCACAGUUCCUCACUCCAUGGCCCUUCUGCAAGACAGAAACCUUCAUGGGCUUAUGUCCUCCCUGGGUGGACUUCUCAUUCAGGGAGUUGAGGAACUUCAGAUGCUAGAGCCCUUCAUGUGAGACCAGAAUGUCUAAGCCAGUGUUAGAUUUUAUGUUCAAGUGGAACAGUGUUAAUCUUUGGGGAUGCUAAAGCCAUCCAGAGGCUGUUGUAAUAGUCAGAACUUGGGUUCUUGUCCUUAUCCCAGUCUUCCUAGCUUCCUGAACUAGAGCAGGAAUUGGACCACAAGAAGCUCACUGCUGCUCUAAAUAGAUACAGUUCUAAAUUAUCUUGGAUGUGGUUAAUGUGGAUUGUAUGCUAGAGGAACAUCAGAGGGAAGUCCUGGAGAUUAAGCCUCAGUACCCAACAGUCAUCACAUUUUCCACACAUGUUUCCAGCUGCCAAUACUUCUUUCCACACCCGUUGCUGGACAACCCUGUUUUCCUUCCCAUAUUCAGUCUUCAAAUGUUAAGAGGAAAUGAGUCAAUUGCAUAUGAAUGCCAACAAUAUUUUCAGGGCCUCCUCGCCUCUUUUCAGUUACCUGUCCACGCCCUCUGAAUUAAUAUGGGAACAGAUUAACACAGGAUGAGGUGGAGAAAGUAGUUACAUUUGAUAUACUUUGUGAAAUGUGGAGCUGGGAAGCAAGGAGAUGAUGGGAGGAUCUAAAUGAAUUGUGUAAUACAAAGAUGACUGCACAUCAACUGAUCUCAAGUCCGGUGGAGACAACCAAUGAAAGCAAAUGAACUGAAAUGGAAAAUGCCAACUCAUGUGCAGACCUCCUGGUUCCAGUAUCUAAGGCAGGCAUCUUUAAUCCAUCAUGGCUUUUCUUUUACUACUGGGACCAAAAGUAACUCUAGAAACUGUGUUCUUAUAUCAUACCCAAUAACCUUUUCCGGAUGAUCAAGAACACUUGAAAAAGUAUCUAUUGGCCGUUUGUGGUCUGCUAUACUAAAUAUACCAAGGUGCUUUCUGCACAGGUGCCCAUAAAUAAGGAUACAGUGCUUAGUUAAUGUAGCUUGUCCUGUAUUACAGCCUCAGAGUUUGAGGUCUAGAAUGGAGAGGUGGCCUCCCUUGCAAAGGCCAAGCACUUUUCCUUUAUGUUGCCUCGUUACCAAAAAUCAUUUUGAAUUUAUAUCCAGGGCAUUCUUUUCUCCUGCAAUUACCAGGACCAACCCUUAGCAAAAACUAAAGACACUAUUAAGAGAGUUGGCCUUAUUGUGUAUCGUUUUCCAGGUCUUCAAACUCUUGUCAACUCUUGGGCCAUCCCUUGCCCCAGAUGUGCCAUGUCAGCUUAGAUAGUGCAAGCUACUGAAGGGCCAGCCCUACCAACGGCUCAUUAUACCCAUAAGCAGUACGUUGCUAAAAGUCAGAUUACAGAAACCACAGAAAGAUUUUAUGAGCCUCUCUGAAAUCAAUUCUCAUCCAACUCUACCCUCACUUCUGCUUCUGUCUGUCCCUGUACUCCCAAGAUUCUAAGAGGCUGGCUCUUAUUUUAAGAUACUCAGGCUGAAUUGGGUUCUUUCAGGUGAAGUCUCACCCGGUCACCUCCUUUCUGUCAUUCAAACCUGUUACUAACAAAUUUGUAUUUGCUAAGGAUAUUAGACAAAAGAGGCUCCAUGAUUGGUGACCUGUCUCGUGCCUACAAGGAAUGUGUAAUUCACAGGCUCUUUUCAGACCUUGGUACAGGACAGUCAGCUCUAUUUAUUCAAUGCACUAAUUCCCAGUUCCAUUUUCUUCCUGGGAAUAAACUCCUCAUCACAUCCCCUCAGUCAUCUGUUUAGGACAAUGGUGUAAUCAGGAGAAGGCGGAUCUGAAGCUCUGCUGUGCAUCCACAGCUUUGAGGCCCUAAAACACUUGGGAGUUGUGCAGCUGAGGAAGCAUCAGUCUGUCAGCAGCAAGGAAUCAAAGAUGAGGUGGACAGUUCUUUGAGCCCCAUCUGGAAAACCAUUCCAAGCCACAACCCUCACUGUUUGCCCAGAGGACUUGCAUUACCCCCAGAUUCUGUGCCAACAAGCCUGUGAGGGAAGUCAGUGUGGGAUGUCAGUCAGUCCUUGGGAAGUCAGUGUGGGUAGGUGAAGUGGGGUGCAGAGGAAGGGAAAUAUUAAUAGUCUUAAAUAGCAGGCCUUUGGAGAAGGAGGGUAUCAGCUGCUACUCUUGGCUUCAGCGCAUUGGGUCACUGCCGAGACAGUUCUCUUGGUCUUAUUCCCACCUUGGCCAAUGCCUAAAUGCUAUUUGUUGAAAAUAAUUCUUUGGGACAGAUUUCAGCUACCUCCCUUCCAGGUUUGAUUUAGCUUUGCUGUAACUGUCAAUUUUUUAUAGGCCUUACCUGUAUUUUUGUUUUUGUUUUAGUUUUCUUUUUUAAAGAAAUAGAAGAAGAGAUGAAAGAAAGAGAAAGAAAAGAAAAAAAGAGGAAGGGAACCAUUAAAAGUCAGUCAUGUUAACAGUUUUGAGGGUGUGUGUGUGUGUGUGUGUGUGUGUGUGUGUGUGUGUGAUUUUUUUCUGGAACUACUUCAAGUGAGAAAAUAGAAAUUGAUGGUGACAAAGCUGUACAGAUAGAAAUUACUAGAAGACAAUACGAUUACAAGGAACUAAAAUGCAUGAUUAAAACCUAAAAAUAAGAACCUUAUUUUUAUGCUUCCUAAUGGAAACUGUUUAUUCUGCAGACUCAGUAGAUAGAUACAACAUAAAGAUUUCCCUAGAAGACAUAGAGUUGGAUUUUAUAUCACUGUCUGUUAUUUUCUGUACAUUGUGGUAGGUCCAGGAAAGAAGGCAUUUUCUUCCUUGAGUUGUAGUCAGUGGGGUAUUUUGUUCAUUUGUUUGGUGGCUAUACAUGGUAGAGGGGAGUGGGGAUGGUUUGAUAUUGGUUUUUCCCUAAUGUUAAGGGCACAUAUAGUGUCAUACUUUUUCCACUAUAAGAUAUUUGUGUAUGCCAGUGUGGCCCUGGGCUUCCAAAAGACUACACCCAGAACCACACAGUGCAGCCCAGUGCCUAAGAAGCUGUUACAUGACUGGACAGGUGAUCCCAAUGAAUUUAGAGAAACAAAACAGACCAAGUAAAUAAGUGACGUUAAAAACUAAAUAGCAAAUGAAUACAAUAAAAGCCUUUUUUGUAAUUUAUUCAAGUUUUGCCAAAUUCCUAAUAAUCAUUUACUUUUAAGAGAAAUGGAAUAACUGUCAAGAUAGACAUUUAUGUGCCUGGCAUAAAGCUCUAGGAUGCGCGACUUCAGGCAGUAGUUUGCUCAGUGAUCUUGAACAAGUCAUCCAAUUGCCUCCACAUUUGCCUCAGUUUCUCUAGCUGUAAAAUGAGGAUAUUACUACUUACCUACCUCACAGUGGGAGGACAGAGGAUCGUGAGGUCCUGAGGUUUUCAAUGGACUGUGGCAAUCUGUGAGAACCAGGGCUUGAUACAAAAUCCAAGGGUUAUUUUUUAAAAUGCACAGGCCCAUUGCCCUUUCCAGAAAUAAGGAGUGCUUGACUGAUACUUCAAGGUGCAGAGCUGGAAUUCCUGGAUUAUAGUCCACCUUAAGUGAGUGUCCUGGAGAAUAUUUCAUUCUUUAGUUUCUCCUCCCUUAUGCUGGCCAGUUCAAUAAUUUGAUCAAAAGCCAAUUACUUCCUAUAGUGUGAAAGUCAGUUUACUGUCAUCUAUUAAGAUUUCCGGGCCAUUUCCAAUUUACAAAGGAAAAGGGUCUCAUGUCUCUUCCCCAGAAGGCUCCUUACUUUUCAGACUCAAGUUUCCACAUCAAGUGUUUCAUUAAGGAAAGAGAGUGACAUUCUGAAGGCAAGCAAGAUGGGGCUUCUUAAACUAUACACCAGCAGUCAGUGAGGAGAACUUCAAAGAAUUAUUGAAUUGCUUUCUUGGGUCUCUGUAAUCAAUAACCUGUCUGCAGAUAUCUAUCUAUAUAAAGAUAUUAUAUAUAAAUAAAAAUUUACAUAUAUAUGCACAUGUAUAUAUAGUUGUACAUAUAUGUGUGUAUAUAUAUACUUAAAUGUAAUAUUUACAAAAUAAAACUGUGAUCUCGUCUAGAGAAAAUGUAUUCAUAUUACAAACUGCUCUUCCAUAUUUAUGUAUCAUAUAUCUUUUUAUUAUUGUUCUAAUUAUUGUGGGUAUUUCUAAUUAUUAUGAUGUUGAAAUCUGUUUGGCACCUUCUGGAAGCUACCAAAAAUGACUCUCCAUUGAAGUGCUUAGAAUCUGUUCUCAUGAAAAUCUACUGGCCUACUGUAAAAAAAAAAAAAAAAAGAAAAAGAAAAAAAGAAAGAAAGAAAGAAAGAAAUCAAAUAAAAAAAGACAGAAAACAAUCUAAACACCAAAAACUAAAUACAACUCCAAUCCUUUUCUGUACCUCACGCGCAUAAAUUUGCUGCUCCUAUUUUGGGUUUUAUUUUUUCCUGUUUAUGUGUUUUUAUGGAUCUAAGUUAAGUCUUUCAGCAAUAUAUAAAAAUGUAAAUAGUAAACUUUAUUUAUUAAGAAUGUCAUCUUUUUUAAUUUAUAUUUACACAAUGGUUCAUCUAAUUUAUUUUUUCUAUAUGGUUUUAAAUACUCAGAAAUAUUUUGCUGUUCAUGGUAUUUUUCAUUCUGUUCACAUGGAUUUGUUUUUCCAUAUGGUUUUCUCUGGUCUCAUUACAGGUUGGAUCUCACACAUACACAAAAAUCAUGUCAAAGACCAAUAUUUUGCCACUGUUGAUUAUUAUACCUUAAAGUUCUAUAUUAUGAAAAUAUAUUAUAGCUUGUCUGCUUCA